ACUGUUGAUCACGUGACCACUUGUAGAGCAAAUAAACGAAAAUAUUUAUAGAAUUGCUUUAAUUAAAAAUAUAAAUUAAUUUUCUCGUUAAAUAAAAAGUACAUAUAUUUUAUUAUUUGCACAGCUUUGAGCGGUGGUUGUUUGAGAGAGAUAUUUUUUUCUCCGGCGGCGCAGUCUUUAUUUGCGAACAGUGAUGAACGAGCUUGUUCUCGGCUUGUUGAGAAAUUGAGUGUUCGUUUAACCCCGGACAAUACAGGACAAUUAAUUUUACUUUAACUAUAUUCAGUGAAACAAUAUAUAUAUAUACUUGAGGAUACAGGUUAUUUUUGGAGAAGGAAUUUUUAGAUAGUGUGAUAUAAAAAGGAAUUUGAUAAAAGAAAAAAAAAUCACUACAAAAAUGUCGAGAGUGACUGUUAUUACUUUUUGCGUUCUAAGCUUAUGGGUUUGUUCAUCCUAUGCAGGGGGUGGAAUGAGUUGUAAUGUUAUUGGAGGAACUUGUCCAACAUUUUUAUCUUCGGAUGAAGAUACAUUUUGCUGUCCUUCAGAAAGAGGCGAAUAUUGUUGCAAUGCCAGUAAAUUUAUUGAACUCACAGGAACUAAAGCUAUCUUGACAAUUGUUCUUGGAGUUUUAUCGUUGGUGGUGAUAUUCAUCUGUUGUUUAUGCUGUGCUUGCUGUAAAUGCUGUCCUUGUUAUAAAAAACGAGAAAGAGGAAUAAUUUAUGCUCAGGGUCCCAGCACAGUUGUACAAGUGAAUCAAACUCCUGGAAAUAAUCAAUAUACACAACCGCUGUAUCCUGCACAACCAGUUAUGCCGCAGCCACCACCUAGUUAUACUUCGGAAGCUUAUACAAAACAAUCUCCAUACAAUCCUAAUUAUCCAAAUCUAUAAAAGAAUCACAUCUCAUCAUUUAAUUUUUGAUGAGUACAUCUUUUUUUUUUUUUUUAAUUUUAAAUAUAGUUCAGAAAUAUUAUCAACCAAAGCCAGUGAAUUGUUAAAGAUUUACUAUUUCAACAGACUUUAUGUUUUGAAAAAGAAAAACUUAAAUAUCGUUUUGUAAACGAAAAAAAAAAUUUACAAAGGCACAAACAUUUAAAAAUGACAUUUUUAUGAAUGAAAAAUUUCCAUUCUCUUUAUUUUGAUUAUUUUUCUUGUUUUAAUUUAAAAACGUUCUGGUAUAUUUGAAAAAAAAUUAAUACCUACAAAAUAUUGACACAAAAAAAAAUGACUAUUUUGAUUUGCCUUUGUGAUGUUUUUUUUCCCUUAAAAAACGAUUGGCCAAGAAAAACUUAUUUUUUAUUAUUAAAAAUAUCAAAUCAAACAUAAAUCUAUUAUUUUUAUAUAAAUAUAUCUAUAGAUAAGCAUUAUAUUUAAGAUAUUAAAAUAAUAUCCCCCAGUGUAAAAUAGAAAAAUAUGCCAUUUUUUACAAAAACUUUCAAACAGUAUUUGUAUGUAGUUAUAAAGAAGGCGUGAAUUUCAUUUAAAAAAAAAAAACAAUGCUUAUUUAUAAAAUUAGCUAAUGUUUUUUUUCGUUUCUCUUCGUUCGAUAUUAUUUUGUCAAACAUACUUCCAAAUGAAAAACUGUUUAUAUUUUUGUAAUUUCCAUUUGUUAAAUUGCACUCACUGCCUGUUAAAUCUAAAUUCAACUUUUAUAAAUAUGUAUUUUGCACACAUUAAAAAAUAAAAUAAAAUUUUUUCAUAAAAUUCACCA